AUGAACGAGGUGUUUGAUGCCGAGACGGGGGAGAAACUCGAGCUACAAUCGUCUCGUUCUGUGCAUCGCGACACGCAGUCACAACGAGAGCUUGGCGACAACGUUGACUGGGAGCGCCAGCAGAAAGCGAACAAGUGUUUCCGCGAGUCGCUCGCUGGCGUUCGGCACGAAUUGCAGCGUCGUGGACUGGCUGAAGCGGAACGUCUGAGCUUAACCACAAGGUUGCUGGAAAAGACCAAGCACGGCUACGCGCGACACAUUCAGACGCUGGUAGUGGAGGAAAUGGCGCGUGAGAUGGACCGAGAGGUGGAUUUGCGCCUGGAGCUGGCCCCACUGGGUCGCGAGCGUAUGCAGCGCCGACACGACAAAGAGCGAGUGUUUUACCGAUCCCAGAUCGCCCGCAUCCGAGGGGAGUGCGAGAUGGCGCUGACCGCGGCGGCAGUCAAGAACAACUUGCUGCGGUAA